UCCCUGGAUGCCCUACGCAAGCGAGUGGACCUGCGUCUGGGCUGCUCGCGCUGCACCCAGCGCCUCAACGAGAGCACCUACCUGCUGCGCAGUGACGUGGAGCAUAGCUGUCCCAGAGACAUCCUGCUGGCCUGCUCCACGUGCAACGCCCCGCGUAAGACCUGGCGCCACGUGGGCCCGCGGCCCAGCUUCCCGCGGCCCGCGCGUUACUGCGUGUGCCGCUACUACCGGCCGGGGUUCGGCUGCCGUCGCCACCACAACCAGUGCACCUUCGCUCGCAGCCCCGAGGAGGCGCUGGUCUGGACCUUUGAGCGUGAGCACCGCGUCUCCCGCCUGUGGCUGAAGGCCGCGGUGCAGGGUGGCCACGCCGGGGCCCCGGGCGGCCAGCACAGUCCUGCUGCCACCAUCCGGGCCGAGUUUGGAGGCCACUUUCGGCAGCUCUGCUGCAGUUGCUUCCGGCUGUGCCCCCCACGUCUCUGCCUUGUGGACGCCCAGGGCCAGUGCCCGGAGCACGGAGCCUGCCGCCCGCUGCUGGCCCACGUGAGCGCCGACCUCCGCAAGCAGCAGUUGGUAGAAGUGCGGCCGCUGCCGCAGAACAGGCUGCUGCUGGCCUACUGCAGGUUCGUGGCACGGGGGCAGCCGUGCCGGCACGGGGCGGCCCACUGCCAGUUCGCCCACAGCGCCGUGGAGAUGGCCGUGUGGGAGGCGGAGCAGCGGGCCGGGCUGCAGCGCAGGGACCUGCUCACGGCCCCUGGCCCUGGGGACAGCCAGCCCCCCAGCCUCCAGCUGUACUGCCGCACCUGCCUGCUCACCUGUCACUCACUGGAGGCCUUUGAGAACCACUGCGCGUCCCCGGAGCAUGCGCAGAUGGUGGCAUUCGACCCGUCUAUGUCCUGGGAGCACCGGGCCCCGCCCGCUGGGCUCUCCGAGUUCCAGCUCUGCCCCAGGCCUGACGUGUGCGAGUACAGGGGCGCCUGCACGAAGGCACACUCAGUGCAGGAGCUGCAGGAGUGGGUGCAGCGGGCGCGGACAGUGGAGCUGCGGGAGCAGGCGGCCUGGCAGGAGGGGCUGGUGUCCUACCAGGCUCGGCUGCUGGCCGAGUACCAGCGCAGCAGCAGCGAGGUCCUUGUGCUGGCAGAGACCGUGGACGGUGUGUCCAUCUCCUGCGACCAGCCCUUGGUGCAUGAGGCCAAGGGGAGGACCGCCCAGCACUGCUGGACGUUCAGCAUCCACUCGGAGGAGCCCCUGCUACACGUGGCCCUGCUCAGGCAGGUGCUGGGGGCCGAGUUCUUGCUGGUGACCCACCAGCCGCAGGGCCAGGGUCAGCUCUAUGCUCAGGGGCAGCACUUUCGCAUGCCGGGCUCCACGGCCAACUUCCAGGUGAGGGUGUGUGUGCAGGGAGCAUCCUUCGGCACCUUCGAGCAGUGGGUGGUCUUUGACUUCGGACGCCGGCCCGCACUGCUGCGAAAGCUCGGGCUGCAGCUGGGCCAGCUGUGUGGCCUGGGGCGCCAGGGGGCCCCGGCGCCUGACCCCCCCCAGGAGCUGGAGCGUUGGCACACUGGCAACCGCCAGGUAGUGCCCAGCGUGGAGCGGACUGCUGAGCAGGUCGCCCUGAUGGCCAAGUACAAGGCGCCCGCGCUGGCCUUGGAGUUCUGUGCCAGCGGCCCCAGCUCUGGCCCUGUCACCUGCACCAACUACCGACAGCGGAUGCACCAAUUUCUCUAUGAGGAGGAGGCAGCGCGGCAGCGGCUGGUGGCCAAGCUGAACCUGCGGGCCCAGGUGUCCCUGACGAAGACGCUGCAGACCCCAGCCAUGGGCCUGCUCUUUGCACCUCCCGGGGCACUCUAUGCUGAGGUCACCCUGCCUGCCUCCCUGAUGCCGGACACAGACCAGGGCUUCCUGCUGAGCCGGGCAGUCAGCACGGCCCUGGUGGCUCCCGUGCCGGCACCUGACCACAGGGUGUUCGAGGCGCGCCUGGAGUCCCGGGCCGGCUUCCAGCAAGCCCUGUGGCUGCUGCUGCCAGCCCGCUGUUGCUCGGCCCUGGGGCUGCAGCCCAAGGCCACAGCCGUGCUGGAGGUGCAGUUCCAGGUCGACCCAAUGACCUUCCGCCUCUGGCACCAGGCGGUGGAUGCGCUGCCCAAGCCCCAGCUGGUGCUGCCUGACCUGCCAGCCUGUGCCCUACCUCAUCCAAGCCCUGUGCCACCCACCCUGCGUGGCAACAGCAAGCAGAAACUGGCAGUGGAGCUCAUCUCUGGGGGCUCCAGGGGCCCGAAGCACAUCCCCCCACUGCUCAUCUAUGGCCCCUUUGGCACUGGCAAGACCUACACGCUGGCCAUGGCCUCCCUGGAGGUCAUCCGGCAGCCCCACACCAAGGUGCUCAUCUGCACACACACCAACAGUGCGGCUGACAUCUACAUCCGGGAGUACCUCCACAGCCACGUCUGCAAUGGCCACCCCGAGGCCACGCCACUCCGGGUGAUGUACACAGACCGCCCUCCCAGCCAGACAGACCCGGCCACGCUGGGCUACUGCUGCCUGACGGAGGACCGCCGGGCUUUCCGCCAGCCAACGCGGACGGAGCUGCAGCAGCACCGAGUCGUGGUCACCACCACCUCGCAGGCACGCGUGCUGCAGGUGCCUGAGGGCUUCUUCUCCCACAUCUUCAUCGACGAGGCAGCCCAGAUGCUGGAGUGCGAGGCCCUGACCCCGCUGUGCUACGCCACGCCCAGCACCCGCGUGGUCCUGGCUGGCGACCACCUGCAGGUCACGCCCAAGCUCUUCAGUGUGGCCAGCAGCCAGGCGGCCAGUCACACCCUGUUCAACCGCCUCUUCCUGCACUACCAGCAGGAGGCCCACGCAGUCGCCCGGCAGAGCCGCAUGGUCUUCCACGAGAACUUCCGCUCCACCCAGGCCAUUGUGGACUUUGUGUCCCGGCAUUUCUACCUGGCCCAGGGCAACCCCAUCCACGCCAGCGGCCGCGUCCCACACCACCCCCAGCACUACCCACUCAUGUUCUGCCACGUGGCGGGUCGCCCCGAGAGGGACAUGUCCCAGACGUCCUGGCUCAACCCCGCUGAGCUGCUGCAGGUGGUCGAGAAGGUCCAAGAGGUCUAUGACACCUGGCCCCCCUGCUGGGGCAGCCGGGCACAGCCUCACAUCUGCGUGGUGUCCCACGGGGCCCAGGUCGGUGCCCUGAGGCAGGAGCUGAGGAGGAGGCGCCUGGCAGAUGUGUCUGUGGGCGGCUUUGAGAUCCUGCCAGGGCGGGAGUUCCGGGUCAUGGUGGUGAGCACCGUCCACACCCAUGACAGCCUGCAUGGCCCUGGGGCACUGAGUCUAGAGUUCUUCACAGAGGCCCGCGUGCUCAACACUGUCCUGACACGGGCCCAAUCGCAGGUGGUGGCCGUGGGCGACGCUGUGGCCCUCUGCUCCUUUGGGGCCUGCAGCCGACUGUGGAAGAGCUUCAUCCGCGAGUGCAUUGAGCACCAGAGCAUCUUUCCCCAGGGCCUCUCGCUAGAGCAGAUCGAGCAGGGUGUGGCCCAGGUGCAGCGCUGGGCCCGUGGGGGCCGGCCAGCCUUGGCCCUUGGAGCUCAGGGGGCUGUGGCUCCCCCAGCGCACAGCACGGCCAAGGAGGACACCCCCACAGCAGAGACUGUGGUCACGAGAGAGAAGGCAGAGGCAGCCAUGGCAGCAGGGCGAGCAGCCAGGGGCCCAGUGGCCAGAGGGGGACUAGCUCCCGAGGAGGUGGCCACAGUGAGGCCGGAGGCAAAGGCCACGGCUGCAGGGGAGGCAGCACUCGAGGAGCCUGAGGACUCCAGGUCUGACUUCUGGCUGUCGGACGGCGAGCUCAAUGCUGACGACUCCAUCCUACAGGAGCUCCUGGACGAGAGUCGGAAUGUGACAGUGACUGUGCGUGAGGACGGGCUUCUGGACACAGUGGCUGGGCCUGCACCUGUGCACCAGGCCCGCCACUACACGAACCUGCCUCCGGCCGAACUCCGCAGGCUGCUCCGAGCCGAGCCCGAGAUAUACCGCCGCUGCAUCUUUCUGCAGGAGACCUUCGAGCGGGCAACAGCCGCGGCGCUGGAUGGUGUGGCACCUGGUACCUUGCAGGUCAAGGGCCGCCUCAACUGUGGCAUGGCCUUCACUGGGGAUGAGGUGUUGGUGCAGGUCCUGUGUGGCACCAGAAACGAGGAGGCACUUGCUGGCCGGCCACAGGGCCGUGUGCUGGGCGUGCUGAAGCGCUGCCAACGCGAGCUGGCCUUCGUGUGCAGGAUGGACACGUGGGACCCCCGCAUCAUGGUCCCCAUCGACAGCUCUGUGACCAAGAUCUUCGUGGCCGGGCUGAAGGACCCCCUGCGGGUGCCCCUCCACCGCCUGCUCCAGGGCCGUCUGCAGUGUGUGGGGCACGAGAAGCUGUCAGGGACGGAGCGGUACACUCGGCUCUUCUGGGUCCGUGUUGUGCUGUGGCGGGAACAAUUCUACUACCCGCUGGGCAUUGUCUUGGAGGUGCUGCCUGCGGCCACCUCCUGGGAACAAGGCCUGCACAUCCUUGACCUGGAGUACAGUCUUCGGGAGCCCUCGCCAGACCCGGCCGCUAUUGCUAAGGUGCUGCAGAGGUUACGCACCGAGCUCAGUCGGGCACCGGACCAGCGCGAGGACUGCCGUGGCUUCCUGACCUUCACUGUGGACCCCGAGGGCACCCGCAAUGUGGAUGAUGCCCUCAGCAUCCGGGACCUGGGUUCCCAGUAUGAGGUGGCAGUGCACAUCACCGACGUGGCCAGCCUCCUGCCCCGGGACGGGCCGCUGGACGUGGCGGCCCGCCGGCAGGGCACCGCGUUCUAUGCGCCUGCCCGGGAGCCAGUCUCCAUGCUGCCGGCCAGCCUGAGCGAGGACGCACUUAGCCUCCUGCCAGGCCAGGACCGCCUCGCCCUUUCCCUCUUCCUCACCUUCGAGAAAGGCAGUGGCCGGUUGAGCAGCAAGCGCUUUGCUGCCUCUGUUGUCCGCUCCGACCGCCAGCUGUCCUACGAGGAGGCGGAGCUGCUGAUCCGGGCCCACCCAGGCGCUGACCGGAAGCUGCCGUCCUGCCUGGACUCGGUGGACUCCUGCGUUGUGGCUGCGUUCCACUUCUCCCAGAACCUGCGCCGGUGUCGCCUGGGCAGCGACUGCCACUACGAGCAGCUGGACGAGGACAGCGUGCUGGGUUUCCGCACGGCCCACGCCAUGGUCAAGGAGUACAUGGUUCAGUUCAACAGCUGUGUGGCCGAGUUCCUGGUGCGCAGCCAGCGCACGCAGACAGUUACGCCCCUGCGGUGGCAGCCUGCGCCCAGCAGCGCCCAGCUGGACACCCUGAGCGAGAAGUACUGUGGGCUGGUCCCCCUGUCGCUGCACCUCCGUCAGCACCUGCGUGGCCAGCUCCUUCCUGGCACGAGGCUUUGCCUGCUGGCCUCCCUCUGGAAGCAGCUGCAGCUGGCCGCCCAGACCGAGGACUUCAGCCAGGUGGUGGACCUCAUUGCCGCCGACGAGCUGCACCCCUCACUGGCCCCCGUCAGCCUUGAGCUCCGCAGAGCCCAGUGCCGCUCUGCGUUCAGCCGUUCCAGCCUUGGGGAGCAGGAGCCUGCCGCCCAUCACUCGCUGCAGGUGGCCUGGUAUACGUGGGCGUCUUCACCCAUUCGCCGGUACAUGGACGUGGUGGUGCAAAGACAGGUCCUGUUGGUGCUGGGCCUCGGGGGCACGACCUACUCCGCCAAGGACAUCGACGCGCUCUGCCGAGACUUUGGCCGCCAGUACACACGUGCCCAGAGCUACGAGCGCAGGGCCCGCACCCUGCACCUGGCCGCGUGCCUCCGUGCUCAGCCACAGGACAUGCUGGGCUUCGUGGUGGACGUGGAGGUGGGUGCCCGCUGCUUCCAAGUGCUCUUCCCCACGCAUGGCGACAGCCUGCCGGAGCCCUGCCCCGUGCACUACCGUGGCCUGCAGCUGGAGGAGCCCCCUCGGCGCCUGGAGGGCCUGCCUGGUCUGCAGCUCCGGUGGCGGUUCCGCAUCUACUCUCUGCAAGCCGGGGGGUGCCGAGCCCCUCCGCCUGGCGCCCUGCUGGACCCACACACCCGCCCCGUGCAGCCAGCCCUGUGGCAGCAGCUGCUGGCAGCGGUGGAGCGGCAGGCCUGGCCCGAGGCAGCCGCCCUAAUCCGGAAGCAGGCUCCCGUGGAGCCACAGCGGCGCAGGCGGGGCCAGGUGGCGUGGAGUCCCUGUGGACACGCGGUGGAAGUGGUGAGGGAGCUGAGCCCCGGGGACGUGGUGCAGGUGCAGCUCAGUUCCCGCCUGCAGCGCGGCCUCCUGGUGCCCACCCUGCAGCUGUGGACCGUGGCGCCUGGGCUCAGCCUGUGCCUGGAGCACAUGGCGCAGCCCAGAGACUGCUUCUCGGGCUGUGCCCCGCGGCCGGCGCAGGACCACUACGCCAACGUGGACGAGUACACCCACGUGUGGGGCCCGUUCUGUGCCCUGGAGUCGGCCACCAGCGCAGUGGCUGAGAAUGACUCCGUCACGCUGCAGCAGGUGUGCAUACACUGGGACAAGGCACGGACGUUACACGGGCAGCUGCAGGGCACCUUUUACCUGAAGCCGGCCUUCCUCCUUGAGCACAGCCUUGACGGCAGCCUGGGCCACUCCUACCUCUGCAUCCGGCUCGAGGGGCUGCCGGCCACACCCCUCGCCAGGGAGCCCUUCGCCAGCUUUGGCCCCCACCUGAGUACCAACCCCAGCACCUACACCUGGGUGGCCCACGGGCUAAUGGAGGAGGAGUGGGAUACUGAGGAUGACCGGGCGGGCGGGCUGGAAGCGCCCAGGCAAGUGCACUUCUACCUCCUGCACAUGGCCACAGAGAAGAUUCCGAAAGAGGUGCUCAGGCCCGGCACCCUCUUCACCGUGGAGAUGCUGCCCAGGCAGCUUCCGGACCUGCGCAAGGAGGAAGCCCUGCGAAAGCUGAAGCAGCUGAAGUCCCGGCUGGUGGUCAGCAUUGCCCUGGGCCUGCCCAUCCCCCAGCCUGCCCACCGUCCCGGGAGCCUCCUUUCCAGCCAGCAGCCCCUCCGCAGAGGUGGGUCUGUUCAGGGAGUGUGCAGGGGUCUGGGUCUUGGAGCGGAUCCCCCCACCUCCUCAUCUCCUGCACCCCUGUCCUGGUGCUGGGGGCGGUCUGGCCUCCCAGCCUCCCUUGUUGUGCCCCCAGGGGCCCCCAGCACUCUCCUGAAGAAGCAGAGCUAUGAUAUCCCCGGAGGCCACCACGAGCUGAACCCCAGCCAGAACGCAGCUGUGCGGGAGGCGCUCCAGAAGCCGUUCACAGUUAUCCAGGGACCCCCAGGCACCGGGAAGACGGUUGUGGGCCUACACAUUGUGUUCUGGUUCCACAAGUGCAACCAGGGGCCCGCACCGGCGCGCGGCCGCGGAGGCCCCUGCAUCUUGUACUGCGGCCCCUCCAACAAGUCCGUGGAUGUCCUGGCAGGGAUGCUGCGGAGCUGGCGGGAGGAGCUGAAGCCCCUCCGCGUGUACAGCGAACAGGCCGAGGCCACGGAGUUCCCGGGGCCGAGACUGGGCAGCAAAGGCCUGCCUAAGAAGACCCCCCGGGAGGGGAAGCCGAACUGGAACCUCAGGACCAUCACCCUGCACCACCGCAUCCGGAGGGCCCCCAACCCACAUGCAGCAGCCCUGAGGGCGUUUGACAGCCGGGUGCAGAGAGGGGAAGACUUCACCCUGGAGGACAUUGCCGAGUACAAGAAGACCCUUCGGAGAGCACGGCGGUUCGAGCUGGACCGACACACAGUCAUUCUGUGCACCUGCUCCUGCGUGGCUUCCGGCAGCCUCAAGCACCUGGACGUCCGGCAGAUCCUGAUCGACGAGGCGGGCAUGGCCACGGAACCCGAGACCCUCAUCCCCCUGGUGCACUUCCCGAAGGCGGAGAAGGUGGUGCUGCUGGGGGACCACAAGCAGCUGAGGCCUGUGGUCAAGAGUGAGCACCUGCAGAACCUGGGGCUGGAUCGCUCCCUGUUCGAGAGGUACCAUGGAGACGCCUACCUGCUGGACACACAGUACAGGAUGCACAGGGACAUCUGCACCUUCCCUUCCAUGGAGUUCUACAAGGGCAAGCUGAAAACCUGGCAGGACUUGGAGCGGCCAUCUAGCCUCCUGGGCCAUGUGGGCAGGGAGAGGUGUGCCAUCAUCUUUGGACACCUGCAGGGCCACGAACAGAGCUUGCUGGUGUCCACGGACGAAGGGAAUGAGAACUCCAAGGCCAAUCUGGAGGAGGUGGAGGCGGUGGUCCGCAUCGCCAAGCAGCUGACCCUGGACAGGACAGUGGAUCCCAAGGACAUUGCCAUCCUUACCCCCUACAAUGCACAGGUGGCCGAGAUCAGCAAGCGGCUUUCUCAGGAGGGUAUCACUGCAAUAACGGUGUCCUCCAUCACCAAGAGCCAGGGGAGUGAGUGGCGUUAUGUUCUGGUGAGCACUGUCCGCACCCGCCCCAAGAGUGACAUCGAGCAGCGGCCCACCAAGAGCUGGCUCAAGAAGUUCCUGGGGUUUGUCGUGGACCCCAACCAAGUAAACGUGGCCAUCACCCGCGCCCAGGAGGGGCUCUGCCUCAUUGGAGACCACCUCCUCCUGCGAUGCUGCCCUCUCUGGCAACGACUGGUGGACUUCUGUGACAAGGAGCAGAGUCUCGUGCCCGCACACAUGGUGCGGGUCUGGAGAAGGAGGGACCCCCCUCCUCUGCAAACUGCCAGGGGGCCCCACUCCGGAUCCCAACGUGCCUUCACCGCCAGCACUGCCCUCGCUGGACGAUUUGCCUACACGGCCAGAACAGGGCAGGCCAGCAGGUGGCGCUGGACCUGUGAGCUGAAGCGGGUCCGUUUCUUGGAGAGGAAGUGGCAGGAGGGCCGGGUCCUGGCCCCCUAA